CCCCCGAAAUGAGACAAAGUAUUGUCAACAAAGCUGGAGAACAAGGGACGAGGGGGGAACAGGGGAAUCGAGGUACACGGGACCCCCGGCGUCGACAGACCUUGACCCUCUGAGGACGAGUCGGAGGAUCGAAGGACAGCGCGAGGAGCCCAAAGUGACAGUAAACAGUGGCGAGCACGCACACAGCACGACUGCUGCCUUGGUCUUCAUGGUGGUUGGGACACUUGUAGUAUGUAUGAGAAGUUAACAAUGCUGAACCUGCAGAGUGGCUCUAACUGGAGCGGGCCUAACAACUGGUACCAUGACCCCACUGGAGUACAGACUCAACACAGCACAGUGUCCGAGGGCUGCCUGCUGGACACGGAGGGCGGCAUGGGAGGCGAUGCGGUAGUCGGAGGCGGCGGCGGCGGAGGAAGAGGAGCAGGAGGCGCAGGCCGAGGGGGAGGUGUGCCCGUGGAUAGGGACGAGGGCGAGGAGUCUCAGCUGAGGCUGCAGCUCAAGAGGAAGCUGCAGAGGAACCGCACGAGCUUCACGCAAGAGCAGAUUGAGGCGCUGGAGAAAGAGUUUGAAAGGACACAUUACCCUGACGUCUUCGCGAGGGAAAGACUGGCCAAUAAGAUUGAUUUACCUGAGGCCAGGAUACAGGUGUGGUUCUCCAACCGAAGAGCUAAGUGGAGGCGGGAGGAGAAGCUGCGCAACCAAAGGAGGUCAGGAGGGGUGACUUCCUGUUCACAGAGCCAAGCCCCCCUGACCACUUCCUUUAAUACGUCUGUCUACCAUCAACAACACGGCAGCAGUUCGGGGUCCAUGUUGAGUCAAGCUGAGUCGUCGCUGCCCAGCUACAGCUCGCUGUCGGUCUUCUCAUCUGGAGUCCAGUCCAUCCCUCCGCAGUCGGCCUCCUCGUACUCUUGCAUGUUGCCUCCAUCUCCAUCUGCCCCGCGCAGCUUUGACUCAUCAGCAUACUCCUCCCCUCACCUGCAGACUGCGCCCUCGGCCAACUCCAACACCGCGAACGGCAUGUCGAUCAUUGUACUGAUGUGGAUGGUGUUGAUUCUGCCUGCGUGCACAUCAGCUGUGCCUGAGCAAUACAGCAGAGCGGUGGAUUGGUUGAGCAGGUACGGCUACCUUCCUCCGCCCGACCCGCGGACGAGUAAGCUGCAGACCAAGGAGGGCAUCGAGAAGGCCAUACGUGUUAUGCAGCGAUUUGGCGGCGUGCGGGAAACCGGCGUGCUCGAUGGUGAAACACUUAAGCUCAUGACGACGCCGCGAUGCUCGCUUCCCGAUAUUGUCGGUAGCGAGGACAUGUUGAAGAAGAGGAGGAGGAGAAGACGAUAUGCUCUGUCAGGACUUAAGUGGCACAAGAGCGAUCUCACAUGGAGCGUCCACAGCUACCCGUCGCCCUCCCUCUCACCCGGCCUGCCAUCCAUCGUGGUGGACAGCAUCCUGACGCACGCCUUCAAAGCCUGGAGCGACGCGGCUCCUUUGAAUUUCCGCCAGCUGCCGAGAGGCGACGGCGACAUCAGAGUGUCCUUCAACAGCUUGCUACACGACGACGGGUACCCCUUUGACGGGCAGGGUGGCACCCUAGCCCACGCCUUCUUCCCCGGCAGGGACGACGUAUCAGGAGACACGCACUUUGACGACCAUGAGAGGUGGAGCUAUGGAGCGGAGAGCGGCAGCACCACCGACUUGUUCACGGUGGCAGUGCACGAGUUUGGCCACGCUCUGGGCCUGUCGCAUUCCUCCUCCGACCCCUCCAUUAUGAGGCCGUAUUACCAGGGUCCCGUGGGAGACAUCCCCCACUACCAGCUGGCCCUGGACGACAGACUGGCCAUUCAGCAGCUUUAUGGCACCAAGGAUGGUGAGCCACCAGGAGGUGUCGAUCCCAAUCUCCCUCGUUUGCCCAGUCCUCCUCCGACCAGACCGACAAGACCGUCUGACCCUUCUGUCCACGACCGCUGUCACGGGGGAUUUGACGCAGUCGCAAACAUCAGAGGGGAGGUCUUCUUCUUUAAAGGUGCUAAUUUCUGGAGGACCAAGCGAGACGGCUCGCUGGUGUCGCAUAAUCCAGCUCAGAUCAAAAACUUCUGGAUGGGCCUUCCUCUCGGAACAAAUAAGAUCGACGCCGUGUACGAGCGCAAGAGCGACAACAGCAUCGUCUUCUUUAUUGGAUCUCAGUACUGGCUCUUCAAGGACACAAUGGCCAUGAGCGGGUAUCCUCGCCCGCUCUCCGAAUGGGGGAUGAAGAGGAAGAGCGGGGCACUGGUAGACAGGGUGGACGCCGCCUUCAUCUGGGCUCACAAUGGCAAGACUUAUCUGUUCAGCCAAGGCGAGUUUUGGAGGUUCGACGAGAGCCGGAAAGGCCAGCGGGUGACCAGCCAGCCGGAGUCGGGCUAUCCGCGUGACAAUUCCCUCUGGACUGGAGUUCCGUCCCACAUGGAUGACAUCAUCACCUGGGGCGAAGGCGAUGCCUAUUUCUUCAAGGACAACCACUACUGGGUGCUCAAGAGCGGAGGCUUGGACCAAGACGUUGUGGAACCGAAAUCCAUCGGCGUGGACUGGCUCCGUUGUCCCGUUCCCCCUCCGUCCUCCGCUCCGGCCGAUCCCGACGGCCCACACAGAUGCCGCUGCGACCUCACGGCCUCGUCUUCAUCUCUAACAAGCAACUGCCUCCUGGUGUCUGUUUUACUGGCCGUUAAGGAGCUUGUUAUUAAAAUAGGAAGUUGAGUUCUGGAGCUGUUUACUGUGUGUGACUGCAGGGCGAGGAGAAAGGUUGAAUAUUUUCCUUCAUCACCACAAUGUCAACAUUUUUUCAAAACUAUUUAAUUUGUCUAAAUGAUCUUUAGUAGACAUAUAAUGAUGCCUUGAGAUACAAGUGACCCGACCUACGAGUUAUUCGUGAUGUGAGCCGUUUUUGCUUUGACUUGCGAACGGAAACUUGAGAUAGGAGCUCUGUAUGGUGACAGUGAACUCAACUCACUUCACAUUAGGGAGCACUUUGGCAAACUGUGAACAAUUCUUCAAAAGAAGCUUCGAGCUGUUUAAUGCCACUCCCAGUUGAAGUUUACUGUCAAAGUAAACAUGAAACUAGAAGAAUUACAUGUUGUGUAUUUAAAACAAACACAUAUGAUUGGCUGGCGACCAGUUCAGCGUGUACGCCGCCUCUUGCUCGAAGAUAGCUGGGAUAGGCUCUAGCACGCCCGCGACCCAAGUGAGGAUAAGCGGUACAGAAAAUGGAUGGAUGGAUAUAGCUUAGCCUUUAGUUCUUUGGCCUUUAGCUAGCUUAAUGCUAACACAUAAUGAGAAACUCAAGUAACUGAUAUUUGAAAACAAAUAGUGCAACAACACAUUUUGACUUUCACUAUAGCAUCUCUAUCUAUAAUCUCUAACAUCGCUAUAAUAGUACUCAGUCAUACGUUUUUUAUCCUCUGUGAGGAGCUGAGAUGUCUAUAAUUUACAGACAUCCAUCCAUGUACAGCAGGGGUGUAAAGCUCAUUUUUGUCUCAGGACACAUUGUAGUUAUGAUUUCCCUGAGAGGGACGUUAGAACAGUGACAUGCUUUAUCACCAAAUCAUAUUAUUACCAUUACACAACAAAUUGAGGGAUAACUAGUUUUGAAAUCAGAAGACAAGGAUAAUCAUUUGUUCAAGUAUUGUUUAAGUUACUGUAGAAGAAGAGUUUGGUCACAGAAAAAUGCAAUAUCUCAACAUAUUGUUUAUUAUUAUGACAAUUUGGAAUUCGGGUACAGAUUUGAGCAAAAAUCACGGAAAUUAACGAAGCGUGAUUUGCUUUCGCGGGCCACAUAAAAUGAUGUGGCGGGUCGCAUCUGGCCCCCGGGCCUUGAGUUUGACACCUAUGAUGUACAAUAUCCGUCUGUCUGUCUUAUACUGCCCCCAGGUGGCCAAGGCGGGCAACAGCACAAUGACCGUUCAAUGAUGUAAAGUGUGACAAAAAACGUGUACAAUAUUUUUGGGGGGAUGGUGGGCUGGAACGGAUUAAUGGCAUUUCCAUUCAUUUCAGUAGGGAAAAAUGAUUUGAGAUUCGAGUUAUUCACGAUUUAUGAACAUGGUUACGGAACAAAUUAAACUCGUAUCCCAAGGCGCCAUUGUACUGUAUACUAAUUCAGCAAAUAAAAACAUACUUUAACUUGCCAGGGAAUCGAUCAUUUUUUUCUCACCUGUAUAUAACACGGUAAUUUUGAAUAAUAUAAUAUAUUGCCCCUACUUAAAUAAAAAAAUAUAUAUAUUUUUAAACAGCAUUAGUAAGUGUUUUGUAUAGACGUUAUUGUUGAAUAGUGCAAUGACAGCGUCAAUCAAAACUCAGGAAUAUUAUCUUUGCGAUGGCAGGAGUUGUUCAGCUAUUGUUCAUGGAUGUCAUUUAGUUAUGCAAACCAGAUUUUCAAUGUUAUCGUUAAAGGGGUAUGGAACAGGUUUUAACUUGCGUCUUAUUGAGUCGCAUCUUGAAUCAUAUCUACUAAAAGAAUUCAUCGUGCAUGAUAACUAUGCACUGGAGGACAGGACUCAUUAAUGGGCUGGUUCCGCCCAUUUUGAAAUGACUUAAUAGCACGGGAGAGUUCACCCGAGAGCAAGGCUUUGUUUCAGGAAUAAAUACACAGGUAAUUCCCAAGUUCAAACAUCUUGUUCUUUCUGUGUAAUGAACAAAAAGAAAAUAUACCAAUCAAAUGUUUUGUUCAGUAUGGGGUUAGAACAUUCAAAAGAAAAUGGUGAGCGCAUCAUUAUUUAUUGACAGGGUCAGUGGCAAUUUGAUCAGCCUUGCGGAAAAUAAAAAGCUGUACACUACAUUGCACUUUUACUUCAUUAACAAGUGUGUUAUCUUUUUUUUAACCUUCAUAAUGUCCUGUAUACCAGUGAACACACAAACACAAACACACACACACACACACACACACGCACACACACACACACACACAUACACAGAGAUUCACAUAAUAGUUCAGCUACAUGUGCAUUACUAUAGUGCAUUACAGGGCAAACUUGAUCCAAAUCAAC